AUCGCCAGGGGCAACAAGAGAUGCCCGGCGUGCGUGCGUGCGCCUCCCUCUCUCUCUCUCUCUUCGGACGCCUCUCGACCGGACCCUCUCCUGCCGCGGACAUCCACUUGUUAGUUGGUCUGUGGCAGCUGAGUGGGGAGGUUGUGACGGACGAGGCGCGGGAGAUACCUGUUGAUUUCUGCCUUUCUUUUCUUUUUCUUUUUUGAGGAUAUAUUUUGGAAGUGUUCGUGUUAAAAGCACAGUUCGUUUGGUUUUAUCCUGCGCAUUCACGAUGGUGUCUUGAAGGAUGCGACGGGGAGUGUGAUAGCCAAGGAAGCAGACGAAAUUGAUUUCCUGAUAGGAGUGUGAGUGAAUAAAUUGGUGCCCUGCGCACAAAAUACCCAGAGUGGAGAGAAGGAGGAGGAGGGGGAGGGAUAUUAUUAAGCCCACCAUGUUGCCGCCGACCCUACGAGAAACUCCAAACCCCUGUGGAACUAUACCAAGAGACAUCUAGUGCUGGCAUCAAUCAGGACAGAAAAUAAGAGAUGUGGGAGAUGUAUCUCAAGGAGGAGGUUUCGGGGAAGUCCUCUCCCCCAAGAGGAGGAGGCGGAGGAGGAGGGGGAGGUCGACCUCGUCCUCAAUGCCACUUGCCUGCCCUCCACCCCACCAGUAUCCGAGGCAUAAAGACCACCGUCAGAUGGACUCUCUCCUUCGGGUGCCUGUGGAUGCUGCUGACGACGCCCCUCCUCGUCUGCGCUGAGUCGAAUGGUUGUGAUUUCUACGGCAGCGGACUCGAACAGGACGGCCGUGGAGUCCAGCCGGUGUACCUGAGCUGCUCCUCGGGCCGAGUGGAGUGGCAGUACCCCCGCGCGGGCCUCAGGGUCAUCCUCAGGUCCCCCCACAAGGACCGGGACUUCCAGGCGUGCAUCAAGGGGGACCCCAAGUUCGAAGGCGCCAGGAUCUAUCUCGAGGGAUACCGCUCUCUCCUGCCGCUGUUCGCCCUCGACGACGGCCGCCCGCAGGAGCUGGUCCGCUGCUUCACGAGUUACAAGGGCCAGGCGGCGCUGUACGUCGAGGCCGAGCCCAGCGCCGCCGACGACCUGAAGAAGGAGGUCGCCGCCUUCGACUACGACCUGCAGACGCUCGCCAAAGGGAGGAUCUACGACCCGCUCGAAGAGUGCCGGCCCUGUUCGGAGGACGAGAUACUCCGCCUCUACUGCUCGGGCGACUUCGUGGCUCGAGGAAGCAUCGAGCGCGUUGAGGACGACUCCGACCUCGCCACGACCACCAUCACCAUCCGGGCCUCGAAGCUCUUCCAGCAGACGUCGCCGGUGUUCAGACACGCCCACGCCCACGGGAGCGACGGCGGCAAGGCGUUGGAGAGCGCGUACGGCAUCAGCAACAGCAUCCAGGGAGGCGGAGGGAGAGGUGGAGUGGCGGAGUACACGGGCCGCGUCGACGUCCCCAUCCAGUGCGGGGCGCGGGCGGGCGAGGGCGAGUUCUUGGUGAUGGGCGUGAUGAGGCUGGGGAAGCCCAUCUUGCGAUGCGCGCCCAGGCACGCCGAGUGGGUCAAGAUCGCAAAAGCCGCCCGGGCCAAUGCCCAGUGUGUUCUGGAGACGUGAGCGCUGUGCACUUGCAAAAGACAGUUUCCGGAGACAUUGGUCUUCGUGCAGUUGCAGAUAAAAGUUUCUAGAGACGUUAGAUUUCAUGCUAUUGCAAAAUAAAAUUUCUAGGGACGUAAUGUAUUGUGCAAUUGCAAAAGACAGUUUCUAAAGACGUGAAGUUUUGUGCAAUUGCAAGGGGCAUCACGGUGUUCCUAAUUUAAAAGUGGACGUGAUUCAGUGACAAGUGACACUCGAAGAUGAGAGACAAGAGGCUCAAGCAAUUAAGUGAUCCACUGAAAUUAGAAGAGACAUUUACAAAAAAACAAAAACAUUUAAUUAUUUUGGUGCAAUAAUAGUAGACAUUGCAAUUAACGAAUUUGCAAUGCUACAGCAACACUUUUGCUCCCAGUGUACAUAUACUGAACUUCUGACACGAUGGAAUCAAGGGGAGUUAAGUUCACUGUUUGAAGGGAAAGGAAAUUUCUACAAAGAGGAUUAGGUGUCCUAUGGACCUACUGGUACACGUCUCACGAAAUCCUGAAACACAGCUAAUGUAAACAGAAAUGUUGUGAAUUUUAAGGUUCCAAGGGAUCUUUUCACGAGUGAAGAAGUCCCGAUGAGGCUUUUCUCGAGCUAAAAAGUACUUUUGAGGCUUUUCACGAGCUAAAGAGUACUCAUGAGGCUUUUCACCAGCUAAAAAAUCUCAUGAGGCUUUUCUCGAGCUCAAAAGUCCCCAUGAAGCUUUUCAAGAGGUAAAAAGUCCCCAUGGGGCUUUUCUCGAGUUAAAAAGUUCUCAAGGGGAAUUUUCUCAAGCUAAAAAAGUCCCCAUAAGGUUUUCUCGAGUUGAAUAGUCCCCAUGAGGCUUUUCACGAGCUAAAAAGUACUUUUGAGGCUUUUCGCGAGUAAAAAGUCCCCACGAGGUUUUUCUCGAGCUAAAAGGUCUCCAUGAGGCUUUUCUCCCCAGUACUCAUGAUUUUUUCACGAGUACUCAUGAGGGUUUUCAUGAGGCUUGAUGAGCUAAAAUGCCAUAUGGAAACCUUUCUUCUUCAGCUUCGAAGGCCAAAACAGUCCCUUUCAUUUGGUGACUCUGUAAUGGUUGGUUUAGGUUGUAACCAGUUGCGGUUGUAAGAGUGUAAAGUGCCAUAGAUAGCACGUAAGGCCAGACAGUCAGUCUCUUGUGGUUAUGAAGUGAUUCUUGGAUGUUUUUCUAAAUACAGUCUCUUGUGGUUAUUUUUCUUUUUUUUAGCAGCUUUUGUUCUUAUUAAACCGUCUGUGAUUUAGUAGUUACUGAAACGUCAUGGACUGAUUUUAUAGAAGGUUUAGAUGUAGUAGAGUUUAUAUUCAUCCUGACAAAAAAAAAAAAUCAUAAAUGCUUACUUAUUUUUCCAUUGAAGCUUACAGCUCUCGAAAAGUGUAUUUUAUUUUAUUAUUAUUAUUAUUAUAUAUAUAUAUAUAUAUAUAUAUAUAUAUAUAUAUAUAUAUAAAUUGUUGUUCCUUUUAAACUUUGUAGAAAACUAUUCUUGAAGUUGUCCUGUCGACCGCUUUCCAGGGUGUUUACAAACCACGGUAUAAUACAGCCCCCUGCUUGUGUACAAAGCUUAGUAUACUUCCUUCAGACUCUUGGAGGAAAAGAUAUAUCUCAUAGGAGGUCGUAAGAAAACAGUAGAGGUCCUAAGUGCAAUGAUUUUAGGGACGCCAUUACUUGGUUGGGUGUGAGAAAGCUUUUCAAAAAAAAAAAAAAAAAAAAAAAAGAUGUUGGGACCAGCGAGUGUUCUUGCUCAUCUCUGACAUCUUCUAACCUUCUCUCCUUCCCCCGGAAUCUCUUCUACUUCCUCCUUUUCCUCUUCCUCUUCUUCCUUCUUCCUCUUCUUCUUCCUUCUCUUUCUCCUCCUCCUCCUCCUCCUCCUUUUUCUUUCGUCGAAUCUUAUAUGUAGCUUGACUUACGGAGAACCAACCUCUGUUUUGAUGUCUAUUUUACAUGGUUCAGCCGAUAAAUUCCAGCGGAUUCAGUGUAAAAAAAAAAAAAAAUCACUGACACCUCAAAUUGUCCUGCGUUAAAAAAGAAAAUCAGUUUGUAUUAGCUGUUGUAUUGUAGGAAAAGGUAUGAGAUCUCAUUCUGAUUGUGUGCGUGUUUUAAAAGAUCACACGCAUUGUGUUUGUGUCUCGGUCGGAUAGGAGAUAUAUUUGGUGUGGAUAGAACUUAAAGAACUGUAAUUUUUCGUGAAGGAAACGAGGCUUUUAUUCUUUAAAUUGAGUCUAUGAACAUUUCAGAAAAUUAUUUAGUCUGGCAGUUUAUGAACAUUUCAGGAAAUCUUUUUCGACAGUCUAUGAACAUUUCUGAGAACUGAGAGCAUUGAGACUGCUGGUAGAACGUUGCCAUGUACUAAUAGAGACUGUACUUCGUCUUCUAUAUUUCAGUUUAUCAUAUUUUUCCAGUUUUGUCUUACGGAAGUUUUGGUUUAUAAUUGGCUCUGGACGGGGGAAUAGAUGAGGCAGUUACUCGAAAUGCUUUUAAUACAUGUGCCUUUUUUUCUGCCAUCCAAUAUUAAUGUGCGAUGAGGAACUUAAGCCUUGCUUGUAUAUCUUAACACUGCUUUUGGCAUCUUGACGUCACUAAUAGGCUUAUCUAAUCCUUACAUGUCAAUAUUUCUUUCACCUUUAUCCAUAUUUAUUGACACUUCGAUCGACUAUUCCUUCUGUUAUCAAUUCCUUCAGUUAACAUUCCCUUUUUUUGUUAAUUUCCAAAGGUGAACCUACACCUUGUUUGUAUAUAUUUGCGUGGUGGAAUUAUUUUAAUUUUAUAGCAUAAAUCAGGUGAAUGUAUAAUGUAUAAUUGUGUUGAGACGAUGCAAGGGCAUACUUACUAAAUGAUCUCAGUAUUGUACAAUGUGAGAAAUUUUUUAUACAUCCUCCAUGCACCGACCGUCUAAGCUGAACUGCAACGAAGGUUUAAUGCAUUGCAAUAACAAAGCAUUUUUAUGCUACAACGUAAGCAGAAUAACAGAUGCUCUCGUGCAUAUUUAUAUAAUUUUUUUAAUAUAUAUUUUGUCAUCCAAUCGUACUAGAACAAAAUGCAAUUACAUGACCUUUUUUUUCUCUUUUUUUUCUGCUAGAACAAAAAAAAAAAAAAUGUUUUACGCUUGUUUUCCUCUGUAUAUUUUUCGUCACCCGGAAUUCAAACAGCCGUGGCACAUAAACCCAAAAAUGUCUUAUUUAAAUGAACUUUAUACAACAUACAACGAAAAACAAACAUCAAUAAUACGAGGAUAAUCCAUAUAUACUUCCCUGACAUAUAGUGAAACUAGUCUUGAGUUUGGAACCUUUUGGAGGGGGUACGUGCUUAUUAUUUGUGUAUAUAGAGCAUUAGAUAUAAUGAAGAAAUAUAUACAACCUGACCCGUGAAUUCACUGUGCCAAAUUAUUCAUUUUUUUCUCGAGUCUUUUAAUAUUUUUUUUAGAUAUAUUUCUUCCAAUGAGAAAUUGUACUUAUGUAAACAUUUGAUCUUUUUUUAUGUGUAUAUAUUGUGUAUGUGAUGGAGAUUUAAGUGAAAUAUAUAUAUGAACUUCAA